UGUAAUUUAUUAUGGAAGGAAGAUCGUAUUAUCUACGGAGUACAUAAAAAAAAUAAUUGUGUCACUCCUUAUUUUCUUUUUUUGAAUCACCACUUUGUUUUUCUUUUUUUUCAACCGGACACAGUUGAGAGGGACUAGGGUUUCCUCGUCUAACUUCCGAAUCAGAGGAGGGGCGAAAAGGCGGGCUUCCGCUUCCAUCCCGACACGGAGAGAAGACCCGACGAAGUGUCAAAGGCGGUGUUGCUAGAGCACGAUGGAUAUUGAUCAAUUCGAGGGAUUGAAGGUUCAAGCUCUACAAUGGGUGCACCGAGCUGCGGAGUCGGUGCAUCAGAUUCCUUUUUUUGAACUGUAUUUUGCAAUUGGGAUCUUAGCCAUCACUACAUUUUGGUUCCUUCUCUUGACUCGGUUGAGGAAGCGUGCAGCAUGUAAUACCAUUGUACUCACUGGGCUUUGUGGAAGUGGAAAAACUUUUAUUUUUCACCAGCUUAGAGAUGGAACACCACCGCAACAGGGUACUGUCACCUCAAUGGAACCCAAUGAAGACACAUUUAUUCUACACUCUGAGAAAACCAAGGGAGGAAAAAUAAGACCUGUUCGUGUUGUUGACGUGCCUGGUCAUCCUCGUCUUCGGCCAACACUGGACGGGUUUUUACCUUUGACAGCUGGGGUUGUCUUUGUUGUGGAUUCGAUAGACUUUUUACCCAACUUGCGUGCUGCCUCAGAGUAUCUCUAUGAUAUCUUGACACACGCACAUGUGGUUAAGAGGAAGAUUCCAGUACUCCUGCUCUGCAACAAGGUGGACAAGGAAAUUACUGCACACACCAAAGAGUUCAUAACAAAGCAGCUGGAAAAGGAAAUAGACAAGCUUCGGAGUUCAAGAACAGCAGUAUCGGAUGCUGAUAUAUCUAGCGAGUUUACACUUGGGACACCCGGAGAACAAUUCAAGUUUUCGCAAUGCCAGAACCAAGUAGUUGUCAAAGAAGGUUCAGGUUUGACAGGUAAGUUAGAAGAGCUAGAGGAGUUUAUUCGGCAGAAUGUGUGAAAAGAUGUUUGGGGUUCAAGUUUGUGCAAAGCCAGUUUCUUAUAUGAAAAGAUGGACAGAAACAGUGUCGUGUCGGUUGGGGGUUCAAAAUACUCAUUUUUUCCUCACAUUUCACAAACUUAAAUGAUAUUAGUAGAAAUUAAUCUGUAGUUAGUUUGAAGAGAUUUGUGAUUUUUUAAAAAUGCUACGAGUAUGUGAUUUUUCGAAAAAAGCCCAACGAGAGAGGUUCUCGAAUCAUGCAUGAAUAUGGAAAAAACUUGGAGAACUUGU